AUGAAAGAAGCCAUGCCGGUCCUCACAGCAGGAGCGGGGCUGCAUGAAACGUUGGCCCUGCUGACGUCUCAGCUGCGUCCUGAUGCCAAUCACAAAGAGGACAUGGUCUUCCUCAAAGAUGUCUUCAGCGAGAGGAGCCUGGGAUACCUCAUGAAGAUUCAUGAGAAGUUGAGACAGUAUGAGCGACAGAGUCCAACACCCGUCCUCCACAGCGCCUCGUCUCUGGCAGAGGAUGUGGCGGAGGAGCUGCAGAGCGGGCCGAUGAGCACCGAGGAGAAGGAGCUGCUGCACCUGCUGACGUCACCGCAUCUCAAGGCCGUUCUCUCCGUGCACGACACCGUGGCCCAGAAGAACUUUGACCCCGUGCUGCCGCCGCUGCCGGACGACUUCGAGGACGAGCUGGAGGAAGAGUCGGUGAAGAUUGUGCGGCUGGUGAAGAACAAGGAGCCUCUGGGAGCCACCAUCAGGCGGGACGACGCUACCGGGGCGGUGAUCGUGGCUCGAAUCAUGAGAGGAGGUGCAGCUGACCGAAGCGGUUUGGUCCACGUCGGAGAUGAACUCAGGGAGGUGAACGGAGUCUCUGUGAUCCACAAGAGGCCUGAUGAGAUCAGUCAGCUGCUGUCCCAGUCCCAGGGCUCCAUCACUCUAAAGAUAAUCCCUGCCAUUAAAGAGGAGGACCGCCUGAAGGAGAGCAAGGUGUACAUGAGAGCCCUGUUUGACUACAUCCCGUUGGAAGACAAGGCGACUCCCUGCCAGGAAGCGGGACUUCCCUUCAAGCGGGGCGACAUCCUCCAGGUCGUGACCCAAGAUGACCCCACGUGGUGGCAGGCCAAGCGCGUGGGAGACAGCAACCUGCGGGCCGGACUCGUCCCCUCCAAACAGUUCCAGGAGAGGCGACUGGCCUACAGGAUGAAAAUGGGCACGCUCCCGAACCCCAAAUCCCCCAAAAAGCCCGUCUAUGACCAAGGAUGUGAUAAAGAGGACUGUGACUGUGAGGGCUAUUUCAAUGGACAGUACAUAGCUGGUUUACGGAGGAGUUUCCGUCUGAGUCGCAAGGACCGGCAAGGAUCCUCCGGGGAGGGCUCCGAUCCCGGAGACCCCGACUUCCUGACUUACGAAGAGGUGACCCGCUACCAGCAGAGGCCUCAUGAGAGACCCCGUCUGGUGGUCCUGAUUGGGUCUCUUGGAGCACGGAUCAAUGAACUGAAGCAGCGGGUGAUAGCUGAAAACCCACAUCGCUUUGCAGUGGCUGUACCACAUACGACCAGGCCCAAGAAGCCUCACGAGAAGGAGGGUGUGGAGUACCACUUUGUCACCAAACAGCAAUUUGAUGCCGAUGCUUUAAACAACAAGUUCAUAGAGCACGGGGAAUACAAGGAGAACCAGUACGGCACAAGUAUAGAGGCUAUCCGCUCUGUACAGGCCAAGAAUAAGAUGUGUGUAGUGGACGUGCAGCCUGAGGCCCUGAAGAGGCUGCGGACAGCGGAGUUCAAGCCCUAUGUGAUAUUUGUCAAGCCUCGUGUUCCCGAGAGCAGACGUCGCCGCAGCGCUGCCACCUCGCCAGGAGGGGGAGACCAUGGCCGCGUUACAGACGAAGACCUCCAGGAGAUGCGUCAGUCUGCCAUUCAGAUCGAUCAGCAGUAUGGACACCUGGUGGACCGAGUCCUGAUCAAGGAGGACUCGGCCAGUGCCUGUGCAGAACUGCGAGGUAUCCUGGAAAGGCUGGAGCGAGAGUCUUUCUGGGUGCCUGUCAGCUGGGUGCGGACCUAAACUUACCCCCCCCCCCCGCUUCCUCCAGAAGAACUUUACGAACGACCCACCCAAAUCCUGCACCGGUCCUCUCCUAACGAGCUGAUCCCCCUCCACCCCAAAAGGCCUGCUGGCCAGCCUGGGAGUCUGCUGGACUCCCUCCACGUGACUGAUGCAAGGCUGAUCAGACAGCCGUGAAACCGAGGCACCAAAGGGAGGGGAUGAUGUCAGAUGAAUACCUCAUCGUAUGGGGGUGUCGCAGCAGAUCGGCGGCUCUCCCGGCCGCUUAAAUGCCCAAAAAUCGGAGUCUUUACUGUCACUUCCUCAAGUCAAAUUUAUUCAGGUUCGGUUUUAAUUUAUUUAUUGACUUCAAAGACGAGGGACAGAUGAAGGUUUGUGGCUGAAGAAGCGUUUUAUUCCUCAGGCUGUCACUCUUUCUAGCUGCUGGAGGGUGUCAGGUUUGGGAUCCCACUCAGAGGAUUGCUCAGUCAGUCGGCUUUAUUGUGACUCUUGUUGGAGUACCUUUAGUAGCAUGUUUUUUUUAGUUUUAUUCAACUCAAUGCCAAUCGAAUGCUUCCUGUUACUUGUGACUGCUCCUGCAUCCUGUACAGUAUAAGAACCACUCAUAGAUUCAACAGGAGUGAUUGUUAUAUACAAGUGAAUGCCAUUUUUUUUUGCUAAAACCAUGAUUUCCACACUGACACAAGCAAAAUUAUAUCCAAAUGGAAUGUGAGAAUUUUAUUUUCUACAGAGCUGUUUGUUUUUAGGAAACGCAUGACAACUGAUUAUUUAAUCUCAGAUGUACAUACUGUAAAUGCGACUCCUCGUGUGCCAACGAAAGAUCUCGUAGCACUUCAAUGCAACCUGUUUACCGUCGAUCCCCGGGAACCCGCGUCUGUUUGUGUGUAGAAUAAUGCUGUGCACGAAGUUUGUGCGGAUGGAUGUCACAGUGUGUGUUCGCAUACGCCAACCUGAGAUGCUUCUCCGAUGUGCAGGAAUGGGGGUUUGUACAGUUUCCUUGCACAUGACUGCAGAAGAAGGGAGGGGUACUAGAUGUCUGUUUUCUUUCAUAAUCAGGGUUUUGUUUUAGCGAUGUCUCGUCAGACUGGAGAUACAACAUCCAAAGAUUUUACACAACUGGUGAAUAAAUCCAUCAACAGGGAAUUAAUUUGCAGCUAUCAGCAAUAUUCUGUUAAUUCAUUUAUUAAGUAAAAGAGCCAAUCACUCCCUGCUACAGCUUCUCAACAGUAGGGAUUUUGUUUGUUGUUUUGGAGUAACUUAGACUAAACAAGCAAUUUGAAGACAUCACCUUGAGUUUUAAGGUGACAUUUCUCACAUUUUAUAAAGAAAAUAAUGACUUGCAGCCCUAUUUUAAAUUUAGUCUGACACUGAGCUAAGACAGGAUAAAUCUGAUAUCAUCCUGGCAUAAGCAGAAGACAAAUACAGUCAUUUUUUUCCAGACCUACUUUAAAAACACUGAGAAAUCCCCACAUGUGCAGUGAAAGAGUUCCUGGUCGUCGUAAUUGCUCCUUUUUUCUCAAAUGGCCGUGAAAAACAUCCCCUCUGAACCACUUUAAUGAAAGCGAUCGGGAUCUGACAGCAGAGGUGCAAGUUAGCCAAGCCUUUCUGUUUCAAAGUGAUCUGUUUUUCCUCUGCUGCUGCUCUGCGGAAGCCUCGUAUUAGCUUCGGCUGACCUUAAGUCAUUUUUGCACAGAACAGAAGGGUUUAACCACUUCAGGAAAAAGAAAUUAUUACAGCGACCAAGAGCUCCUUCAAGGUACACACUGGCAUGUGAGUAUUACGUCAAGAUUGACUUGAAAAAAAGGUGAAACUGUCCUUUAAUGACACAGAUCUGUAUGGGAUGACAACAUUUAGGAUAAACUAUUAAUCCCUCGCUGGCAUUUUCUCAGUAUGUGUUGAAAAUGAAGCAGCUU